UGGUGACCGAGGCGGGCGGACGGACGGCGAGCAAGAGAUGCAGGUGAGAGAGAGGAUGAUCGCCGGGGACGCUAGCAUGCACACCCCCAUCCUGGCCUGCUGGCAGCCGAUCCUCCUGCUGGUGCUGGGCUCUGUCUUGUCGGGCUCGGCCACGGGCUGCCCGCCCCGCUGUGAGUGCUUGCCCCAGGAGCGCUCGGUCCUCUGCCACCGUAAGCGGUUCAUCGCCGUGCCCGAGGGCAUCCCCACGGAGACCCGGCUCCUGGACCUGGGUAAGAACCGCAUUAAGACCCUCAACCAGGACGAAUUCGCCAGCUACCCCCACUUGGAAGAGCUGGAACUCAAUGAGAACAUCGUCAGCGCCGUGGAGCCCGGCGCCUUCAACAACCUCUUCAAUCUCAGGACUCUGGGGCUCCGCAGCAACCGCCUCAAGCUGAUCCCCUUGGGCGUCUUCACAGGCCUUAGCAACCUGACCAAGCUGGACAUCAGCGAGAACAAGAUCGUCAUUCUCUUGGACUACAUGUUCCAGGACCUGUACAACCUCAAGUCCCUGGAGGUCGGGGACAACGACCUCGUCUACAUCUCCCACCGAGCCUUCAGCGGCCUCAACAGCCUGGAGCAGCUCACGCUGGAGAAGUGCAACCUGACCUCCAUCCCCACGGAGGCGCUCUCCCACCUCCACGGCCUCAUCGUGCUGCGGCUGCGCCAUCUCAACAUCAACGCCAUCCGCGACUACUCCUUCAAGAGGCUGUACCGGCUCAAGGUCCUGGAGAUCUCUCACUGGCCGUACCUGGACACCAUGACCUCCAACUGCCUCUACGGCCUCAACCUGACCUCGCUGUCCAUCACGCACUGCAACCUGACCGCCAUCCCCUACGUGUCGGUGCGCCACCUCGUCUACCUGCGCUUCCUCAACCUGUCCUACAACCCCAUCCUCACCAUCGAGGGCUCCAUGCUGCACGACCUGCUCCGGCUGCAGGAGAUCCAGCUCGUGGGCGGCCAGCUCAUGAUGGUGGAGCCCUACGCCUUCCGGGGCCUCAAUUACCUGCGGAUCCUGAACGUGUCCGGCAACCAGCUGACCACGCUGGAAGAAUCCGCCUUCCACUCGGUGGGCAACCUGGAGACGCUCAUCCUGGACAACAACCCGCUGGCUUGUGACUGCCGCCUGCUCUGGGUCUUCCGGCGCCGCUGGCGGCUCAACUUCAACAAGCAGCAGCCCACGUGCGCCACGCCCGAGUUCGUCCAGGGCAAAGAGUUCAAGGACUUCCCCGACGUCCUCUUGCCCAAUUACUUCACCUGCCGCCGCGCUCGGAUCCGGGACCGCAAACCCCAGCAAGUCUUCGUGGACGAGGGCCACACGGUGCAGUUCGUCUGCCGGGCCGACGGCGACCCGCCGCCGGCGAUCCUUUGGCUCUCGCCCCGGAAGCACCUCAUCUCUUCCAAGAGCAACGGGCGCCUGACAGUCUUCCCGGACGGUACCCUGGAGGUGCGCUACGCCCAGAUCCAGGACAACGGCACCUACCUGUGCAUCGCUGCUAAUGCUGGUGGCAACGACUCCAUGCUAGCUCACCUGCAUGUGCGGAGCUACUCCCCCGACUGGCCCCACCAGCCCAACAAGACCUUCGCCUUCAUCUCCAACUUGCCCAAUGAGAGCGACGCCAACAGCACGCGCGCCACCGUGCCUUUCCCUUUCGACAUCAAGACUCUCAUCAUCGCCACCACCAUGGGCUUCAUCUCCUUCCUCGGCGUGGUCCUCUUCUGCCUUGUCCUCCUGUUUCUCUGGAGCCGAGGGAAAGGCAACACAAAGCACAACAUUGAGAUCGAAUAUGUCCCCCGCAAGUCAGACGCUGGCAUCAGCUCUGCCGAUGCCCCUCGCAAGUUUAAUAUGAAAAUGAUCUGAGACAGGGCAGGGGGCAAGGGUGCCCCGGGGUGGGGGAAGCGACCACCCCCGGGCCCAAAGGACGUGAAACGUUGAGACUCAACAGGCGAUCUCUCUCUCUC